AUGUCAACUCCUAGUUUUCUUGAUUUCCAGUACAAUAUUUCCAAAAGGAAAUACCUGCGGAAGCCAUCCCGACUGUUUUCUUCUAGGGACAGACAGAAUUCAGACUUGCCACCGAUUUUCCAUCUCAACAUGGAUGAGCUGAAGAAAGUGUUUGAUAAAUUCGACUCCAACAAAGACGGGAAGAUAUCAGAGGAAGAGUACAAGGCGGUGCUGGGAGCCUUGGUGAAGGAAGGUGUAAGAACGGAGGUGGAGAAGAUAUUCCAGGUAGCUGAUCUUGAUGGAGACGGGUUUAUCGAUUUCAAAGAGUUUGUGGAAGUGCACAAGAAGGGAGGGGGAGUGAAGACAAGGGACAUACAGAGUGCGUUUCGGGCAUUUGAUUUGAACCGGGAUGGGAAAAUAAACGCAGAGGAAUUGUUGGAGGUGUUGGGGAGGCUAGGGGAGAGGUGCAGCUUGGAGGAAUGCAGAAGGAUGGUGAGGGGAGUGGACACUGAUGGGGAUGGUGCGGUUGACAUUGAUGAAUUCACUACCAUGAUGACUCGCUCCAUGUAACCCUCCAGUUAAGAGGGUAACGGACCAGUGGCAGGCAUGGACUUGUCCUACGAAUCUCUCAACUCAUCUCAACAUAAAGUGGAAUUAUUAGAAGCCAUGUUUGUACUUUGGGAAAAAAGUGUUUUUAGAUGCUCGUUUGAAAUAGUUUUGAGUCAAAUGGCCCAUGUAUUAAAAAAAAUAUUAGAUGUAACCACUUUAUGAAAUUUAUGUUCAAACUAGCUUCUUUGGUAUCA